UCGCUUCACCCCAAGACAUGCCUUCGAUCAAGCGCAAGGCGAGCUCUUCAUACGUGAAGACGCCUUCAGGGAUACAGAGGAAAGGCAAAUGGGCUCCUUCCCGUCAAUCUGACCAAUCUAGCGAGGAAGAGAAUGGACUCGAUAGCGUGGAGGACGAUGAGGAUGACUUCGACGAUGGUGAGGAUUUGAUGGCAAGAGCCGUCAAUGGCGAUGGGAGCGAGGACGAAGAUUUGGAAUCCGGAGAAGAAGAUGAUGACGAGGAAAUGGAAGACGAAGAGGAAGGCGACGGCCCCAGGGCGCAGGAUGGUCAACCAAGAAAGAGAGGGCUCCAUGCAGUCCCGACCAGUAACGAGAUGGAGAUGCUCAAGAACACCAGCGAGCUCUUCAAGAGCAACAUCUUCAAACACAAGACCGACGAAAUGCUAGCCGAGAUCCGUCCUGCCUACGAGAAGUCGGCUGCACUUGACAUGGUGCUUCGCCAUCUCAAGUCGCUCUUCGAGGGGCUGGCUCCGAUUCAGCCCCAGACCCUCGAGCCCGCACUCGAUUCUCUGCAGAAAACGUACAAGGUGCCAGUCAAGGUGGUCUUUCCCGACCCCCAGCCCAAAGAGUCUUCGCCCCUCCGUUUCGGGUUCGAAAAGCCGAGCAGGGUGCAAGUAGUAGGCAGCUGGAUCCUCAGGACGUCUGCUCUGAGGCCAGAGGGGGUCGACGUGGAUUUGGUCGUGACGAUGCCUUCGGACCUGUUUCAAGACAAGGAUCACCUCAACAUGCGCUACUUUCACAAGAGAGCCUACUACCUCGCCAACAUCGCUGCCGCCAUUGUCAGAUCCUCGCGUUCCCCCGGCGGUCUUGGGCUCGAGGUCGAAUAUGCCUGCCAAGACGAUGACGUUCGCAAAACUUAUCUUGUUCUCAGAAGUGGUCGAGAUAAGUCGCAAACGGACUUCUCGAAGCUCCGCGCCGUCAUCAAGGUUCACGUCGCGUCUGAAGAGGGUCUCUUUCCGCCCGCAAGACUGGCGCCAAGUCGGAAUAGCAUUAGAACCAGUAAGCUUGGCUCAGAAGACCACGACGAAGCGUCAACAUCGCAAGCAGAGCCGCCUACCCCACAUUACAAUGCUGCGAUCCUUGCCGAUGCACUUGCCUCGACCCACACCAUCUACCUCAACAAGAUUUUGCAGUCAUGCGGCGAGUUCGCACCUGCAGCCAUGCUUCUAAAGACCUGGGCUUCGCAGCGUCCCUUUGGCUCAGGCCAAACUCGUGCAGAAAUCAAGGGAAAAAUCGGCGAGGCAAACGCGAGACGAGUAGCAUUGGGUACAUCGAGCAUUCGGUUUAUCCUCACCAUGCUCUUGGCGCAUCUUCUCAAUGGACCUGAGAAAGUGCCGGGCGUCAAGACAGUCACGACGACAGCCAGACUCGGCACGGGUUUCUCCUCGUACCAGCUUUUCCGCGGCGUCAUUGACUUUUUGGCCCACCACGACUUUGCUAAAGAGGCAGUCUUCAUGAAGACUGUUGGGCUGCCCUCGCAGCGGGACAGCAUUCCUUCUGUCGACUUUGUCGAUCACUUUCCUCAUGCCUUCGUCGACCCGACUGGCUCAAUAAACCUCUUCGCAGGAUUGCCGUCCGGCUCGCUUCAGUUGCUACAGGCAGAAGCGAGAGCGACGCUGGCGAUGCUCAACGACCACGAGCAAGACUACUUCGAUGACAUCUUCAUGCGCGAGCGAAGUAAGAGCUCCUUUUUGUUCGACGAGGUGGCAAAGCUCGACCUUAUCAGGGCGACGAAAGAACGAGCGGCACAGGUCGACAUUGGAUCUGCGAUACGGGCAAGAGCGAUGCAUCUGGAAGCAACAUUGAGAAAAGGCCUCACGAAUCGCAUUAGAGGCUGCUGUAUACUAUCGUCGAACGCGGGCGUGUCGCUCCAGAAGUGGCCUUUGAAUUCGAGCCGGCCUAGCCAGAAGAUGUCAGCCGAGGUUGGCCUUCAGCUGGACGCAAGCCAAGCAUUUCGUCUCGUCGACCACGGACCGCCACCAGAGGACAAGGAGGCAGCGCAGGCGUUUUCCGAAUUUUGGGGCAAUCUCGCCGAACUGCGUCGCUUCCGAGACGGGCGAAUCGUUCAUAGUGUUAUCUGGAACGCAAAGGGUGCUUUCGACAAGCUCAACAUUCCCCAUCGCAUCUUUCGUCACGUUUUGGCGAGGCACGACGAGAUCCAGAGAGUGUCGUUCUACGGCGAAGGAUUCAAUGGUCUCUUGUCACCAGAGAAGGAACUUGCUGAAAAGGCGUAUCUUGUUCAGCCGGAGGAGAGAGGCUUCCAUACGGUGCAGACAGCGUACGACGAGCUGAGCAAGAUGCUGCGUGGACUCAAUGAUCUGCCACUCGCACUCAUUGGCGUCGUUCCAUCAAGCGCCAAUCUUCGAGCCAUGAGCGCGAUGGUUCCAUCGCCGGUCAAUCUGGAGGCUCUUGGCACCCGAGUGCCCGAUUACGCCAGUCAUAUUCCCGUCGCAGACGUCAUCCUCAACCUCGAGUCUUCGACUCGGUGGCCGGACGAUGUACCUGCAAUUCAGGCCAUGAAGCUGGCCUUGUACCAAAGGAUGGCAGAGAGCCUCGUCGAGUCGGGCAAGCUGGAAGGAGGAAGCGCAAGAAUUGUAUUCGAUCAGAACACCAACGAUAACACAAAUAAGCUCCUCGAUACAUCAGCCCUCGAAGUCAUCUUGAGGACUGGCUUAGCUUUCAGAGCACGAAUCCACCAUGAUCGCGAGCGUAAUUUGCUUGAGCGCAUUCUUGCCGAAAAGACGACAUCGGCUCGGCAGAAGAAACAAGCGCGAGAAGCGCUUGACCGGCUUAAAGUGCGAUACGUCUCAGGGCCGCGUCACCAUCAGACAAUGGCGGCUCUUCAACAUCGUUUCCCGGCGCUAUCCGCGACGGUACGUCUGUUGAAGCGAUGGAUCGCUGCUCAGAUGCUCUCUCGGCACGUGCCCGACGAACUGGUCGAGCUGGUCUGUGCUCAGGUCUUUGUCAGUCCGUCCGACAAGGCUCCGGCGACGGGCUCGUCAGGAUUCUCCCUCGCCCUUCGACGCCUGGCGACUUGGCGAUGGCGUGAAGAGCCCUUGCUCGUAGCAACAGCUUCGGCUAUCAGUGCGCCUGAGGGCGCCGAGUCGGUCCGGUUUCCUACCAGCAAAGCAAUCGAGGCGGAAUCCGCCUUUAAACUUGCGAGAAGCAGCGACCCGGCCAUGAAUCAUCUUGCCUGGUUCAUCGCCUCAGAAGAGGACACUGCGGGGUCCGAUUUCGGGCGACGAGAGCCAGGAGCUUCAAUCGCCGACGCUCUCCAAAGGCUGGCGAGGGCGGCCUGUACCAUCCUUGAGGCAGGUCCGAACCUUGGAGCUGACACGAUCAAGGCGCUUUUCGUGCCAGCUCUGGGCCACUAUGACUUCGUCAUUCGCCUUGAGCAAGCAUUGCUGCCCCGAUACCUGUCCAACGUCAGCUUCGAUGGACAAGCUCUGAAGAAAUCGCUCCAACGCACGAGUCCGACGACAAAGGUUCAGGCUUUUGUGAACCGUGACCAAGGAUCAUCAUCAUCGUCAUCACUAGGAUCUGAGCCCAAGCCAGGCUUCGACACAGCGACUGAAUUCGUGGAGCUGUUGCAAGAUCUCUACAGCGACACUUUCCGUCUGUUUCACGACGAGCAAGGCGGUGACGUGAUCGGAGGGAUGUGGAAUCCGUCGCUGAGCAAGAGGAGGGACUUCAAGGUGGCACUCGGCUUCAACACGAUGCCAGUCAGCCCUGAAGACGAGGCGUCCUCGAGUAAGCGCGGAGUCGUGCUCAACAAAGAGGCUGUCUUGGACGAGAUAAGAAGGCUUGGUUCAAGCUUGAUUCGAGAAGUCAUUUGCAAAUGAUAUGUAUGAUAGGAGUUAUUCCGCUGCCCAUCCAAUCUGACAAUGCAUCGCGGCG